GAGACCGAGUAAAGGGAUAUGCAAAACCUCUCUCUCUACUUUACCUCCGAUCCGAUAAGCAGUACUUAAAUGGGACGAUUCCGCGUUGCCAUCUCAUACCCUGUUGGAGAAGCACAGAGAAGCACGAGAUCAGGCCAUGGCAGCGGAAGCGGACUGGAUAGUCGAAGUCAAACAAGCUCUCCGUGGCAUGCCUACUGCGGAUGCAGAAGGAGAAUACUGGAAGAAGCGGUCAAUAUACAAAGUUCCUGCCUGUGUCACGGAUAUAAACCGGAAAGCUUACUGGCCUCAGGCUGUCUCAUUCGGCCCUUACCACCAUGACAAGGAGCACCUGAAGCCCAUGGAGGAGCACAAGGUCCGUGCAACCCUCCACUUCCUCAAGAGGUCGAAGAAGCCAUUCGAGCUCUUUGUUGGGGCUGUAUCUGAGGUGCUGCACGAUCUAAUGGCCUGUUACUACCCGCUUGAUCAGAAGUGGCAUGAUGACACAGACGCCUUCCUGCAGCUUAUGAUUCUCGAUGGGUGUUUCAUGCUGGAAAUCCUAUGUACCGGGACCCAGACUGUCAAUGAUUAUGCCCCGAACGACCCGAUAUUUAGUAACCACGGGAAGGUCUAUAUUAUGCCUUACAUACAAAGGGACAUGCUGAUGCUCGAGAAUCAACUGCCGAUGCUGGUCUUGGACAAGCUUCUUGCCGUUGAAAGUGAAACUGAUCUCUUAAAGGACAAAGAGUUCAUCAACAAGCUUAUACUCAAGUUCUACUGUCCUGGCAUGCCAAUCAUGAAGAUGGGCAAGUGCCUGCACGUUCUGGACGUCUUCAGGAAGAGCCUCCUUCACGAGGGCCCGAGCAAGAAGACCCGCCGACGCAAGUCGGAUAUGGCACGAAAGGGUGGGGACGAGAUAAUCCGGUCAGCCACAGAGCUCGAUGAGGCAGGUAUCUCGUUCAAGAAGAGCAAGAGCGCGAGCUUGAAGGACAUCUCGUUCAGUGGAGGGGUAUUGAGUCUCCCUGUCGUAGUUGUGGAUGACACGACCGAGUCCAUGUUCCUCAACCUCAUUGCCUUUGAGCGCUUCCAUGUUGGGGCUGGGAACGAGGUUACCUCGUACAUAUUCUUCAUGGACAACAUCAUAGACAACGAGAGGGACGUUGCCCUGCUCCACUCCAGGGGCAUCAUACAGAAUGCGAUCGGGAGCGACAAGGCAGUAGCUAAGCUAUUCAACUCCCUGUCAAAGGACGUCACACUCGACCCUGAGAGCAGCCUCGACAUGGUUCACAAGAAGGUCAGCGACUACUGUAAGAAGCCCUGGAACAUGUGGAGGGCCAACCUCAUCCACACCUACUUCAGGAAUCCAUGGGCCAUCCUGUCCUUAGUCGCUGCCAUCUUCCUCUUUGCGCUGACUAUCGUUCAGACCAUCUACUCCAUACUCGAUUUCUACCAGAAUUAGUCUUCUACCAAAGACUUUCGACUAUUGUGUAUUGAGUUGAAGCAGAUCCGUGUACAUUCUUCUAUGUUCUUUGUAUUUCUUCUUUUUUGCAAUUAUUUUCCUGAGGGUGGUCGUUUGCCUUUUGAUUGGAUUAAGAUUCAGGUCCUGUCAGUUGAUACAUGACAAAAAGCUUGUUGUUCCGAAGA